AUGGCCAUAGCGGUCCUUGAUGCCCUAGACAACGCCCGGACACAAUGGUACCACGUCACAGCCAUAGUGAUCGCCGGAAUGGGAUUCUUUACCGACGCAUACGACCUCUUCUGCAUCUCAGCCGUCUCAAAACUCCUGGGCCGUCUUUACUAUUUCGACCCCGUAUCAUUAAAGCCCGGAAAGCUCCCCCCUAGAGUUAAUAACUCCGUGACUGGAGUAGCUCUGGUCGGAACCCUCGCCGGCCAACUCUUCUUCGGUUGGCUCGGCGAUAAACUAGGCCGCAAGAAAGUUUACGGAAUCACCCUCAUCAUGAUGGUCAUUUGCGCAAUUUGCUCCGGCCUUUCUUUUGGCGCCAGCCCACACGCCGUCAUGGGAACCCUAUGUUUCUUUAGGUUUUGGCUAGGGUUCGGUAUAGGAGGUGACUACCCGCUCUCCGCCACCAUCAUGUCGGAGUACGCCAACAAAAAGACCCGUGGUGCCUUCAUCGCUGCCGUGUUCGCCAUGCAAGGCGUGGGGAUCAUCUUUGCGGGGCUAGUUUCCAUGAUUCUUUCCCAUAUUUUUCUCCUCAGCAAUGCGGCUCCUCCGUUCAACAAGGAUAAGUUGUUCUCUCCAGUUUUUUCAACUCAACCGAACGCUGAUUACUUGUGGCGAAUGGUAUUAAUGAUCGGAGCUUUACCGGCGAUCUUGACUUACUACUGGCGUAUGAAGAUGCCCGAAACAGGUCGAUACACGGCGAUGAUCGAAGGGAACGCCAAGCAAGCCGCAGCUGACAUGGGACGUGUUUUGGAGAUAGAGAUACAUGAAGAACAAGAUAAGUUGGCUCAGUACAAGGCUGCGAAUAGCUACUCUUUACUGUCUAUGGAGUUCUUACGUCGUCAUGGGCUUCAUCUGGUGGGGACUUCCACCACUUGGUUCUUAUUAGACAUAGCUUUCUACAGCCAAAACCUAACCCAGAAAGACAUUUUCCCAGCCAUAAAUCUGGUCAAAAAAGACGUCGAAGUCAACGCUCUUAGAGAAGUCUUCGAAACAGCUCGUGCCAUGUUCGUAAUCGCCUUGUGUGGAACCUUUCCCGGAUACUGGGUCACCGUCUUCUUAAUCGAAAAACUUGGUCGUUUCAAAAUCCAACUUAUGGGUUUCUUCAUGAUGGCCGUAUUCAUGUUGAUCAUAGGUAUCAAGUACGACUAUCUUAAAACUCACGGAUCUCUGUUUGCAGUACUCUAUGGUUUGACCUUCUUCUUCGCCAACUUCGGUCCCAACAGCACAACGUUCGUGUUGCCGGCCGAGCUGUUUCCGACACGUGUGAGGUCCACGUGCCACGCUAUCAGCGCAGCCUCCGGUAAGGCCGGUGCGAUUAUUGGCGCAUUUGGGGUUCAGAACUACACUUUGGAUGGUACCCCGAGGAAAAUUAAAAAAGCCAUGUUCAUUUUGGCCGCAACCAACAUUUUGGGCUUUCUCUUCACUUUCUUACUUGUAGAGACCAAAGGACGGUCUCUGGAGGAGAUUUCUGGUGAAGAUGGCGGCGCCGAGCAAGCUGCCAGAAAUAAUAAUACCGGCGCCGGAACAGUUUCCAUGACAAUGCAGGAAAGUGAAAGCAGGGUAAGGGAAGAGUCUGCUUAAGAUGUUAAUGAACAUAAGGAUUGCCAAUGUAUGCGACAAUAUGUACUUAUCACAUUUUCCUGUCAAGAUGUUGAGACAG